AUGAGUGCAAUAUUUGCUGAGUUCAAGGCAGCUCAGCUGGUGGGCUCUGGCUCUGCACUGGCAGCUACAAUUACUCCUGUCGCUUCCCCAAAGGACCCAGAUAGGCUUCGAGAUUUCUAUUAUUUCACAAAUGCCGCCAAUGUUCAGUCAGAUGUCCGAUUUGCUGUCCUUCAAGACCGUUCAACGGGGAUCAAACUCCCCAAGCAAGAAGGCAAUGCGUGGGUGGAUGUUUUUGUGGCGUUUUGGAAGGCUGUGGCGGAAAUAGUUGAAAUUGAAGAGUCUCCUCAGACAGGGAGCUGGAACAAAGUAUUCAAUGCUUGGAAGCAGGUUGCCAACCUUCUCAUACGCGGAUACACGAAUGGCGGGUUCCAGGCCUGGACAUUGCCUUGCUUAUAUAUCGUAGGGAGAUACCUUCGGAUAUUCGCAAUGGAAGCGGAUUCCUGCACGUCUCAGGAUUUAGAUACGUUUAAUGACAGCUUCCGGGAUGAUGUUGUUUCUGAUGCCAGUAAAAAUGCGAAGCUGGAGGAGUCGUCUCAAAUCAUCAACAGGAUGUUCACAUUAUGUCUCCAUGACAGGGCACCUCUCGAAGAAUCACGUAAAUGGGGCGUAUAUAACACAGUGAACCUUUCCUUCAAGACGUAUUUUAAGCUCGGAGCAAUUUCAUCGUGUAAGAGCCUGUUGCGGGCCAUCGAAGCCUCGCAUGCAGAUUUACCACCCAUAUCCGCUUUCCCCAAGUCUCAUAUUGUCACUUUCAAAUACUAUCUUGGAGUGAUCUGUUUUCUUGAAGAGAACUAUGCAGAGGCUGAGGUGCAUCUAACCUAUGCCUGGAAAAUGUGCCAUCCUGAAGCGAAGAAAAAUAGAGAACUCAUCCUUACCUACCUUAUCCCCUGCCACAUUGUCACGACUCACACGCUACCAACACAUCGACUCCUGGCCCCCUACCCUCGCCUAGAGAGCUUAUACAGCCCCUUGAGCAAAUGUAUCAAGAAGGGCGAUCUCACAGGCUUCGAUGCAGCUAUGGCCGCCGGAGAAAAUGAGUUCGUCAGAAGACGUAUCUAUCUACCUCUCGAACGGGGUCGGGACAUUGCGCUGCGCAAUCUCUUCCGCAAAGUUUUCUUGGCUGGAGGAUUUGAUCCACCAGUUAAUGGUCAAUCACCUAUCAGACGCACGCGAGUCCCGGUUGCAGAAUUCGCGGCUGCCAUUAGAUUGGGGAACAAGGUGGAUGAGAAGGCGCCGCUGGACAUGGACGAAGUUGAAUGCUUCCUGGCUAACUUAAUAUACAAGGUGGCUGCUAACUCCAUUGAUCAACAAUUCCGUCCUAGUCCCCGUGGGGUCCUGGGCCCCGACACCAUUUGUCUGCUGACCUACUGA